CAGAAAACAAUGGGGAGGUACUCAGGAAAGAAGUGUCGACUAUUGUCGAUGCUUUGGCUCACCAGUGGGUUCUUCAUUGUAGAACUGAUUGUGGGCUACGUCACCAAUUCUAUGGCCCUUGUAGCAGACUCUUUUCAUAUGUUAAGUGAUGUUGCAGCACUGGUCAUUGCAUUUUUAUCUGUUAAAAUGUCACCAAAGAAAUGGUCGAAGAACACAUUUGGGUGGGCGAGAGCAGAAGUACUCGGGGCUCUCGUGAAUGCUGUGUUCUUGGUCGCUCUGUGCUUCAGCAUCACAGUAGAGGCUGUGAAGCGAUUCAUUGAGAUCGAAAUGAUACACGAUGAGAAGCUCCUUGUUGCUGUUGGUACUUUGGGGCUGAUACUGAACAUUGUUGGACUUUUCCUGUUCCAUGAACAUGGCAGCAGCCACGGCCACUCCCACGGCGGCGUUCCACCACCGUCCAACGUUCGUCACCUCACAGAAAUCGUGAACAGCAACGCCGAUAUGGCCUUAGGUCACAACGCGACCGACACCGAAGAGACUGAUGAGAUGGUCCCACCGAAGAACCUUAAACUGCCAAACAACAACAAGCAGACCCCUCGAAGGACCAACAACGAUCCUGGACAUAUGAAUAUGAAGGGAGUCUUCCUUCACGUUCUGUCGGAUGCUCUGGGUUCGCUGAUCGUGGUCGGGUCAGCUCUAGUGGUCUGGCUGACCGACUGGGAGUACAAAUACUACAUCGACCCCGCGCUGAGUAUCGUCCUCGUGAUCCUCAUUCUGGCGUCUGUAUGGCCACUGCUGAGGGAGUCCUCGCUUAUCCUGCUACAGACUGUUCCUACACAUAUCCAGGUGGACGCGAUCCAGCGACGACUUUUGGAGAAGGUGGAUGGAGUGUUGGCAGUGCACGAAUUCCACGUGUGGCAACUCGCUGGAGACAGGAUCAUCGCCAGUGCACAUAUUAGAUGUAGAAACCUAUCCGAGUACAUGAAGAUUGCUGAAAAAGUCAAGGAGUUCUUCCACAACGAGGGUAUCCACUCGACCACUAUACAGCCGGAGUUUGUGGAGCUGCCCCUAGGAGGAAAUGAGAUAACGAGCGGAGCGUCAGCGGAGGCGCCCUGCGCGCUACACUGCCCUCCCAACGACCUCUGCCACAACGCGACGUGCUGCGGGCCCAACCAGCAAGAGCACAGUACACCUUCACCGACAGUCACGCCGUAUCUAUGCAGACAACGAAACAUGGGCUCCAGAACCGAGUCGAAUAACUCUAUGACAGCCAACGGACAACAAACCAGUUCCCUGCUCCCAUCGCCCAUGGUGGAAGGUGAGCUCGCGGUCUGACAGGCUGGCGUGCCCUCACGGCCCCAGUCGCACGUUAUAUGUGUGGCGUGAUAGCGAAUUGACGAGUAUUCUGUUCGCAUUGAGUGAUUUCUUAUUAUAAGCACAAUAGACAGGUCUCACUCUUUAGAGAAUUAACGACUCUCCCAGGUCGAGAUAAGGUGCAGUUUGUUUACGAAAUAACUGUUUAAAUAAACUAGAAUAACGUACACGUGCAGGCGAAAGUGGACUGUAUUGUCACCUAUUUUAGUGUUGAUCUAAAGACAAAAGAUUAUGUUCUAAUAUUUGACACUUGCGACUGGGAGAGGACAGAAUAGGUUAAAUUCAGAAGUGAGACAUGCCGUAUACCUGAAAUAUGUAAAAAAACAAAUGAAGUACUGACGCAAAUAAACUAUUGAUCGAUUGAAUCGAUUUGUGAAGUAGUUUGACCUGACAUGUUAUCACGUGAUCAAUCGCUAUGACCGCAUGGCGUAACUACCUCAAAAUUCGAUUCAAUUUCACUUUAUUUAAUGUUCUUUACGUAGGUAGUCUGUCAUUUGCAUAAAGAAAUAAUGAAGCAUAUUGUUUACAUAGUAUAUUAUGUAAAUGACAGAUUAUCAUCGCGUAGAAACGCGUUCAGUGGCCCCAUUUUCAUUUGCUUUUGACUUUUAGAAGGUAGAUCUAGAAAAUCGUUAACCCUAAUUUAAAAAAAUAAUAAAACGUUAAUUUAUUUCUAAUUUAAUUCUGAAAUCACUCCAAUUUAUGAAUGUAGAUUUGCUUGGAAAGCUGGAAAGUGAUCGUGCGAUUACAUUAACACAAAAGUAUUCGUAAUUUAAUUGAAAUUGUACGAGCUAAUAAAAUGUAAUGUAUUUGUAUUUUACAAUAGCCUCUUUACAAAAAGUUUCGCUAUUGUUAAUACUUGAUUCCGUUCCUUUUGUAUUAAAAGCCUUGUAGAGACGUGGUAACUCGUGAGUCUCAAAUAGUGUAUGUAAUCACUGCGGUUGUUCUUUGAAAUUAGAAACCUGAAAAUUCGAAUGUUUUUAUCUCUCUCACGCAUAGCAAGUUGCUUGCAUGUGCGAUAGUGACAGACAUACCCGAAACCACGUAAACGGCUAAGCCCUAUUGAACUACUUCAACAACCAUAAUUUAACAAUAUAAUAUUAACUAAUGAUGCGGGGUGAUUUUAAGAAAUAGGCAGGCAAAAAAUUUGGCAGUGCCUAUGCCUUUAAAUGAAAUCUAAUGCCUAACUAAAGAAAGGUUAUUUUUCCAAGGCCGCGUCGAUUUAACAGAUACACUGUUUUUAGUUGCCUGUGACUCACAGUUCCUAAAAUACAAUUGUAUUCUUAUGUCCACCCGAUUAGGGUGCAAAAUUAUACUUAAAAUAAUUCGGUUGCAAUUUGGAUGUGUUGUUUUAUAACUAAGCAUAGUUAAGAUAUCCGUAGUUAUUACUUAGCAAUAAGGUGGUAAAUACCAAAACAAAGUUGUUGAUUACUUUGCUACUGUUUACUUCUGUUGAAAAUAUUAUUUUGUCUACAAGACAUGAUUUUAAAUUGUAUAAAAAACAUUUUGUUGCGUAUAGAUUUUGACAUGGUUUCCGAAUUAAUUAACAAUAAGUAUAUUCCAAAGUUUAAAUCAUUAAAUAAAUUAAUCGCUCUUUUAAUGUAAUAUUGACUAAGUUAUUACAUUUAAUAAUAAUUUGACGAGCUCGGCUGUUAUGGUAGAUUAGGCUAUUUGACUGGUUUAUAAAAACCAUCUUAGAUAGUUAAUACUCAAUGGUGUUUAUUGAGCCCAUAAAAGUAUUCUAUUUCUUCCAAAUAUAUCGAAUAAAAAUUUACUGUUUAAAAAUAGGGAGUCAAAUAAUCCUGGCACCCAAUUAAAAAAAAAUCGGAAAUAAGUUAAAUUUUUAUAUGUCACAUAUUAUUAUUUACUUAUUAAUUUUAUUGUCAAAUAGCCUAUUGAGGUGUUAUUCUGAAUAAUUUUAGCGAAAAUAUUAAAGCAUUUAUUUGUGGAUUAUAGGCAUACCUAACGUGACACCCAAAGAAGUUAAGUAUGAAAAUUAAUUACCGAAGAUUUAUUUACGUCGACGACUUUGUCCUGAUAAGUUUUGUAUUUAUCCUUAUUCCUUAUAUAAAGUACAAUUGCACCGAUAUAGCUAAUAUUGUCUUGUCUAGUGAUUCAAUAUUGUUCUUAUGUUUUGAUGCUCUAAUUACUAAUGAGGUCAUUGACCAUUUAAAUCUAUAGCCACGUGUAUACAUAAUUGCAUACUUUACCUAAACAAUCUUAUCAACGUAACAUCACCUGAUAAUUAUGUUAAGUGGUUUAAGUACGCAUUAAUGUACUCUGAUACUGAGGCGAACGCAGCGACAAACGAUCAGAGGUCUAUCAAAUAUUGUCUGACAAUAUCAACAAUAUUUAAAUCGUGCUAGGAUCAAAACGUUUUAGUCCAUAGAAUAUUAUUGAACUUGGGACGUUUGAAAUUAUUUAUAACUUAUAAUUGCUAUUAUUGCUUUCGAAUUAAGAUUGAAAAUUGUGUAACUACCCUUGAUUGCACGGACGACAGCUCUUCAAAGAAAGUACUGCGCCAUCUUAUGAAAUUGUAAAAGGCGUUAUUACGUAAAAAUGUAUAAUUUGAUUUGUUGUCGACUGUACACAUAGCUUGUCAAAUAUAACAGCGCAAAACUGCUCUUAUUUCAUGCUAGAUAAAGGCGAUCUCAUGGUCAACUGUCGUAAAUAUUUAUAAAAUCCAAAUACUGCAGUAAUUUUAUAUAACUUUAGCAUAUUAGAUAAUGUUUGAUCAUAGAAGCUUCCUAAAUGGGUGAUGAUCAGGUAACGGCGACUCGAAUAGCCUUAAUCAUCCACAAAAUGUGUUCAUGUAUCAGCAAGUGACAGUAUAUACCUCGGCUAGCAAUAAAAGAGUAACUCUCCAAAUAUAUGCAUUUGUAGGACAGUUGAAAUGUAAAUAACUAGUUGUAUUAUAAUAAUAGUUCCCUAAACACUGGCAAGAACUAUUUCUUAUACUUAAAAAUGUGAUCGUAAUCUUAGCUUAGGAUGUACCAGGCGUUGCUAGCAUUUUGUAAUGUAUUAUGGUUUGUACACGCUAUGGCAAAAGGAUGACACUUUUUUAUGACUGGCAUAAAAGAAACAAAGUCGGAAAAAAAACACUUUUUUUUUUAUUGUGACGAAAUUUUCCAGCCAGCACUAAGUUAUAAGUUUCUUGGACGAGACUUUCCUAAAGAUUUCCAACGUUCAAUUGUUUUCUUAAACCCCUCGGUUUUAUUUUAUUGACCUCACCUGACGGUCAAACGGUCUUGUCUGCUUCUUUAAAAAAAAUCCAUAGUGUGUUCUUACCAUUAGAAAAUGCGGGUAUACUUUGCAAUGACGACUAGAUAGACAAUCUUACAUAGCAGACAUUAGUUGAUGCACUUUAUCAAUGAUAUCGUUAUCACGUUUCAUACACCUUAGCGGGAAGGUCACCAAAUUAUCAAGACUGUAGAUUUAAUGAUAAAUAAUGUUAUAAAUAUUUGAGAACAAAAACAAAAUCUUUCCGACUUUCAUUCUCAGAUAUUUACGCGUAUUCGAAGAUUUAUAAAAGUAUUAAUAUUUCAGUCUUCUCAAUAAAGUGUUUUAGCGAUAUACGGCUACAAAAAUUUAGAGUUUUCUAAAAAAUCUCCCGCUAUUUAUAACAAAGGUUAAUUAUAAGCACAUUCAUAUUAAUGCAUAUUUAAAUCUAAUUAGAUAGUAAAGCGUGAAGUUUAUACAAGCUAGACUGGUUAAAAUAAUUAAAAAUUAAGGAAAGCGAAGGGAUUAAAAGAUACGAUUGGGUAAAAGUGGAAAUUAUCUUGUUUUCGAUCAAUAUCUUGAAGAUAAUACCAGUAUCUACAAUAGGUAUGUCACUAACGAAAGCAUAUUAAUAUUUCACCUUCAG